UUCGAGCACAGCUGUCCAAAGGCUGCAAUGUCAUCAAAAAUGCACAGUGCCAGUCGCACAGCUCAGGCCAGACGGAUGGUGCAGCAGCUGAGGAUCGAGGCCAGCAUCGAGAGGAUAAAGGUGUCCAAGGCUUCAUCAGACCUGAUGCGCUACUGUGGAGAACAUGCAAAGAAUGACCCGCUGCUCAUGGGCAUCGCCGCUUCAGAAAACCCUUUCAAGGACAAGAAGCCUUGCAACGUUUUGUAG